AUGGCUCUGAGCACACUGGGAUGGUUUACUAUUGAAGCAGACAUAGACCAGAGAAAGCUAACUUUCCUACAAAAACUGUGUACUAUACCAACACAUUAUCUGUCAAGAAAACCAUUUAAUUACAGACUUAACUUAUUUGUUAUGAAAGAUAUUGACGAGUGCGCGAAUGUCACGUGCCAGAAUGGAGGCAUUUGUAAUGACUAUAUCAACAGGUUUGAGUGUAAAUGUCCCAUGGGAUUCAAUGGAACAUAUUGUGAAAAUUCGCUCGGGCGCGUGUGUUAUAAUUGUGAAGGAGUUGCCGAUGACCCUACCCGUUGUGCUAACAGGACAUUAUGUGGUCCUGGUGAGCAAUGUUAUUCUGAGCACGAACUUGACGCACCUGGUGUGUUCACCUAUAACCUUGGCUGUGUACCUUCCAAGCUGUGCUCCUAUCUCGAGAACAAAAACUUCAGGCGCCGUGAUAUCCGUCCGGUUCAACUUUGUUACGAAUGCUGCGACAUAAAUGGAUGUAAUCACCACGCAUGCGCUGAUUAUAACUGAUAAAUCUCAUCAGAAUGUUUUAUUUCUAAUAAAAACAUAUCUGCAAAUAUAAAA